GUUUGGAGUGGCUUUUCGAAAUUUUCGAUCGAACGGCCGCCAUGUUGGCUGUCAUUACCCCUUCCACCUGUCAAAAUAUUUCCAUGGCUCAUUAAAAAAGGAGAUAAUAUUUUUUCUGGCGAGAUUUUUCCAUUUAUUUUCGGAAAAUCGUCGAAUUUUCCGCGGUUUUCGUAAAAUGUGAAGUGUCCCUUUGUUGCUGCACACGAUUUUAUAAUGGAUAAUACCAUGGAUAGCACGUCUUUUCACAUCCCGGAGGCCUCACCCACCCUAUCAAAGUUGGCGGACAUCGAUAUAGUGAUGGAAGAUUCCAUGGACGGUGGGCCUCCUUCAGUGGGGUCUGGGGAAAUUCCCGCCGCUGUUAACAGUAUCCUUUUGACCCCCGGGAAUCUCAACAAUACUCCCGCCACUCCUGCGCCCACCACCACAUCUAAAAAGAAAAACAAAAACAAAGUGGUCACGGGUUACAUAUUGUACUCGCGCGAAGUGCGCAAACAAGUGGUGCAAAAUAAUCCGGAAUCCAAGUUUGGAGACAUUUCGCGCAUAGUAGGCUCGGAAUGGAAGUCUUUGGCCACCAAUGAAAAGCAAAUGUGGGAAGAAAGAGCCUCUAAGCUCAACGAAGAGACCAAAGCACAACUUUUGGCCGAACAAGAACAAUGUCCCAGUCCUGCUCCAGUAGUUCUAGGACCACCAGAAAAUAAUGUUUUUGAGUGCAAAUGGGAAGAUUGCGAUUUCCAAUUUGAGGAAUUGAGUGACUGCGUUGAGCACUCUGUUAAGGAUUCCAAGGAUUCGCAGGGACAUGUGCAAAAGUAUUAUCAGGAACAUCCUGGUGAAGAAAUCCAAUGUAAAUGGCGCAACUGUUCUCGCCUAACAAAAAAGAACCUGCAGCCCUUCCCUAGCAUCACCAGGCUGAUUCGUCACGUCAGAGACAUGCACAUAAACAAAGGAAAUGGCAGAAGCAUCGCCCCCGAUAGCAGAAGCAAAAACUUCAAGCCUUCUAGCAAGGCUGCAGCCAUUAAUCGUCUCAGUACUUCAACAAGUGCUGCUGCUGCAAGUGUAUCUGCUCCCGCUUCAACUUCGUCCGCUUCCGGUUCGACCACACAAAAAUCCUCGGACGCCAUGUUCAUCUCAGUUCCUCCAAGACCGCAAAGAGUUUUACACUCUGAAGCCUACAUCAAGUACAUCGAAGGUUUGAACGCUGAACAAAAACACGUGACCAAUUGGGAGCGCACUCUGCACGCCACUCCGGAAAAUUGCCCCAAUCCCGAUCCGGAAAAGUUGGCCCAAGUCGCCACUUGGUUGGGUAAACGCGCUGACCAGCACGACAACGUUCUUGCAGCCUUGUGGCAGCUCAGAAAUCAAUUGAUGAAAGAUUCUUUGUGUUUGCAUAAAACUUUCUAAUUGAACUGAGAACGUGGACGUGGCAAUAUGGAAAUUUAUGUUAUAAUACACUUUUUUUUGGGUAAAGGCUCUGUAUAUAUUUUAUAUUUUUAGUGAUGUAUAGUUUAAGCAGGAAAAAAAUGUUUGCUAGGGUUUUUUUUUUUUAAGUUUAACUGUGAAAUAUUUACACAUACUACAUUAGUACAUAAGUCAAAUUAGGAGCAUUGCAUUUUUAAUUUACACUCAAUACAUUUAUCAGAAUGGUAUUUUUUUUUCUGUGAAAUAUUAAUGGUGUAUUUUUUUUUUUUUGUAUCAAGAAAUAUGUAGAUCGUUAAUUAAAAUGACUGAAGAAUUAGCAA